AUGGAAGAGGAUACCAGGUACAGGCGCCAUCCUGUCGAUCUAUCCACUUCUUUUCAUUUCUCUGGUAUUCUCAAUAAUGCAGAAUUAGAGAUUGUGCCGUUAAAAAUUACGGACUCUGAGUCUCCCUCCCAUUCUUCUGAGGCGAUUGUGCUACGAAUAUGCGUAAAGAUAGCUCAAACCAGAUUUGAGUGGGUUGGAUCUCCUGAGACAAGGCUUUGGCAGCUUUUGGAAGAAUGCGCUGCCAGCGAUUCCACCAUUAAACAAGCAAUUGCCCCCUCAACGGUUGAUAGCGUACCCGUGAUUAUGUACUUAAGAGAGCAGAUCGCUGGUGAGCCUGCACUCCGGGAAACCAGCCUUAAGAGCAUCGGAAUCAUUUCAGGUUCCGCCAUGCUUCAGUUGUCCCGUCGGUCCAUCGAACCAACUCUUCCUACUUUUAGCCCUUCGACUUCUGCUCUUCAUUCUACGCUCUCUAAUAAAGCUUCCUUGACUGUAGAGUCGUCAGACCCUCAGGUUGAAGUAGAAGCAAGUUUACCUCACAUUGAGAGUGAGUCGAUUUGA